AUGGAACAACAAACAGUGACGAAUAUCACACCCUAUCUCUCUGAAUGGAGACAGAGUCUUAAGAAUAACAUGAUUGGCAAGAAGCUUUCUGAACUUCGUACCCCGUCUUUAGUUAUCGACAAGGCAAUACUCGAAAGAAACUGUCAGCAGUUGGGUAAAAUUCACACUGAGCUAAACACUAAUAUCCGUAUUCAUGUCAAAACACACAAGACAGUAGAAGCGGCCAGAAUACAAUUGGAGGGCGCAAAAUCAGAUGCUAUAGUUGUUUCUACACUGGCAGAGGCUUAUUUCAUGAUCGAGUCUGACCUAGUAAAGGAUCAACUCCUUAAGCAGGUCUUAUUGGGCUUUCCUAUCACACCAGACAAAUUCGAUGACCUGUUCAAACUUUCGAGAAAGGUCACAUCUUUUCAAAUCUUUAUUGAUAAUUCCUCUACAUUGGACGCACUCGAGUCUUAUUGUCGAUUGAGAAAUGAAAGUUUAAAGGCCAAUGUGUUCUUAAAGAUUGACUGUGGAUACGGACGCGCCGGCAUUCCAGUGGAUCAAGAAGAGUCGAUUGAAUUGGCUAGACGACUUCAGGCUUCUGAACAUGUCAAUUUUCUCGGUAUUUAUAGCCAUGCAGGCCACUCUUAUGCAUCUCAGACAGCAAACGCAGCUCUAGAGUACCUCGAAAACGAGUGCAAUUCUGCUCGUGCCUUCCGAAACCGAUUUGAGCAACAUGGUAUUACUAUAAAGACGAUUUCAAUAGGCGCCACUCCUACUGUAAAGGCGAUCAUCAGAUUCAUGGAUGAUGCAAGGAUCAAGAAUAUCUUGCAGGGCAUUACUGAAGUGCAUGCAGGUGCAUAUGCUUUUCUAGAUAGGCAACAGGUGUCUACGACGCUAGGCACAUUAGAUGAUGUUGCAGUUUCAGUCAUGGGCCGCGUCGCCAGUAAAUACCCCAACCGUCAUAGCAUUCUUAUUGAUGCUGGUGGACUGGCUCUCUCCAAGGACACUGCUCCACAGGGAGGAUUUGGGUAUGUCUUGUUGGACCUUAAACAUAAAAAGCCAGUAGCCACAGUCUCAAAAGUCUCUCAAGAACAUGGUAUAAUCACUGAUAUCGAUCAAGAGCUCUUCUCGAGCCUUCACAUUGGACAAAUCGUUCACGUUGUACCCAAUCAUUGUUGCCUUACCUGUGCUUGUCAUCUGUAUUACGUUGUUAUUGAAGAAGGAAACGAUACAGUUAUUGAUGUAUGGGUACCAGUCAAAGGAUGGUAA